UCAGCUUUCCCUCCAAUUCCCAUCUCCUUCCUCUAUCAAACACACAGACCCAAACACAAAAACCAUAGUUUGCGCCUCAGAAAAGCAACCCUUUCUUCUCGCAGUAUUCAACCUCACAGCAGUAACAAAAUCAAAAGUUGGCAAAAUGCGUAUUGAAGGAAGAGACUUGAUCGAUCUCGUGCUAUGUUGGUCUCUUGAAGAAGUACUCGAUGUGGAUCUUUAUAAAGGACAGGUGGGUACGAUUCCUACUGAGUUCGACUCAACCUCAGACUACUUCAAGUCCUUUAUCCCUUCACUUAUCGAAGAAACACACGCUGCUUUAUCGUCCAGCAUAAAGACAUUGUGGCGGUCCCCUGUGGUUGAAAUCACCUACAUUGCCCCAACAGCUGAGUUCGAGCUUCCUAAUAACUUGUUCUAUAAAGUGCAUUUGAGCACCGACGAGUCGUCACUGAUACCAAAAGAUCUCAUUGCGCUUACAGAUAAAAGGCCUAAUCGUGUUGACGGCUUCAACAUUACCAACGAGCCUUAUGUAGUUGCUAUAGUGUGUAAAGCAGAUCCAGACAGGCCUAAUGUUAUCACUAUCUUAGCUUCAAAACCACUUUUGCUUGAGAACCUUCAUCAAAUGAGAAAGAACGAGAAGAGAGAAAGCCUUUUUGGUGUUUAUAUGACUAACAUAACCACCAACGUUCGUAUCUGGCACUCACUGCAUCUUGGUUUACAAGGUGGGAACUUGAAUCUUCUCUCAACAGUCCUUCGGAGAAACAACACUGAUGAUGAUGGAGUUUGCGUUCCGUGUAGAUUUGGAGAGAGUGACGGUCUUGUCCCUAGUCGUUUCCUGAACCUGAAUCCUUCACAGGAAGAUGCAAUACUGAGCUGUUUGGACGUUAGAAGAUGCCGCCAUGGGAACACCAUCAAACUGAUUUGGGGUCCACCGGGGACAGGGAAGACCAAGACAACGAGUAUACUUCUGUUCACGCUUUUGAACGCGAGAUGCAGAACGUUGACUUGUACUCCAACGAAUGUUUCUGUUCUCGAAGUGGCGUCGAGAGUUGUCAAACUAGUCUCUAAGUCUUUAAAGAUCGGUAGCUACGGUCUUGGAGAUGUGGUUUUGUUUGGGAACGGGGAGAGGAUGAAGAUCAAAGAGAGGAAAGAUCUCGUUGACUUCUUCAUUGACGAACGCGUUGAUAAGCUUUACCCGUGUUUCUUGCCGUUUUACGGGUGGAGAGCUUGUAUCAGUUCAAUGAUACGUCUACUCGAGGAUCCACAAGGACAGUAUAAUCAGUUCUUGGAGAAAAGCAAAGACAAUGUUUCUAAAUCGUUUCAGGAAUAUCUACCAGAGAGGUUCAGUGAACUUAGGAAAGAUCUGGAGCUUGCUUUCUCAAGUUUAUGCACGCAUUUGCCUACUGCUUUGCUCUCAACACAAGCCGCAACGCGUAUGUAUGAAUCUAUUGACCUUGUCAAAGACGCUACAAUUUCAGAAGGUGUGAGUGGUGAAGGACUAAAAUCAAUCCUCGCUGUUAAUGGAAUAGGGAGUGACAGAGUAGAAGAUUAUUAUCUAAAGCUGUUGAGAUUGAUCCCUGAAAUAUCCACACUUCCAGGUGGUUGUGAUAGGCAUCUUAUUAGAGAGCUUUGCUUGGGACACGCUUGUCUGCUUUUCUCUACAGCGUCAUGCUCUGCAAGGCUAUACACUGGACAACCAAUACAGCUUCUUGUGGUCGACGAAGCUGCUCAGUUAAAAGAAUGUGAGACAGCCAUUCCUCUCCUGCUUCCAGGAAUCCAGCAUUCGAUUUUGAUUGGGGAUGAGAAACAACUUCCUGCAAUGGUCGAAAGCCAGAUUGCUUUGGAGGCAGGAUUUGGGAGAAGUCUAUUUGAAAGAUUGGCCAUUCUUAAACACAAGAAGUACUUGCUAAACAUCCAAUACAGGAUGCAUCCAUCGAUAAGCAUCUUCCCAAACAGAGAGUUCUAUGGAAUGCAGAUUCAAGAUGCUCCAACGGUUAAGCAAAGAAACUACACAAAGCAAUAUCUUCCUGGCAAAAUGUAUGGUCCCUACUCUUUCAUCAACAUAGCACAUGGUGAAGAACAGUAUGGCCAAGGACGUAGUCUGAGAAACAACGUUGAGGUUGCUGUUGUCUCGGAUAUAAUAGCUAACCUUCUCCAAGUUUCGGAGAGAACAAAGACACGCAUAAGCGUUGGUGUUAUUUCACCUUAUAAGUCUCAAGUAAUGGCAAUCCAAGAAAAGAUUCAGGAGACAUGUAGUGGAGGUGAUGCAGGAGGACUGUUUUCGUUGAAGAUUAGGUCAGUGGAUGGGUUUCAAGGAGGUGAGGAGGAUAUAAUCAUAGUUUCAACUGUUAGGUCCAAUGGUAUUGGAAGAGUUGGGUUUCUUGCAGACAGAAGAAGAACAAAUGUGUUACUCACUAGAGCAAGGUUCUGUUUAUGGAUACUUGGAAACGAGGCGACUAUGAUGAAUAGCAAGUCUGUGUGGAGGUAUCUGAUACAAGACGCGAGAAAGCGUGACUGUAUUUAUAAUGUUGAAGAAGACGAGUCAUUAGCUCGUGCUAUUAUUGAUACCGCGAAAAUCGAGCUUGAUACACCACUGAACAAAUCAAGAUGGAAGGUUUGCUUCAGCGACGAGUUCAAGAAAUCUGUGGGAGAGAUUAAGAACCCGGAGAUGUACAGGAAGAUCAAGAGUUUCUUAGAAAAGAUAUCACAGGGUUGGCUCCAUAAAGAAGAAGAGUCAGAGAGAGAUAGUUUGAUAAAACAAAGCAAGAUCGAUGAUGUUCUAAGGCUGAUUUGGUCUGUAGAGAUUGUCAAGGAAGAGUUUGAAUAUAACCAAGUUCUGAAGAUAUGGGAUGUUGUGCCAUCAUCUGAUGCUUAUGAAGCUGUUAAAAGUCUAAAGGUACACCAUAUGAAAUAUACAGGAGACGAGGUGGAAAAGUGCAGAGCCAGAUGUAUCAGUGGAGACAUAGUUGUACCCUUGCGAUGGUCUUUAGAGUCUACAAGUGCAAAUGGAAGCGACGUUAUGGAUGAGACAUUUGGAUCACCCAACCUUGCGGCAGAAAUGAUGACUUCUGAACAACCAAAUGACUCUCUGGAAGAUGAAAAAGAAGAAGAGGAUAUCGAAAUAGACCGGUUAAGCCAUCUUCUUUCCUCAAUUACUCUGUGACAUGGUUUUCCUCGUAUGAGGACUGUAUCUGCCUUUAGUGUUUUUUUUUGGUCUGAAUGAGUUUUAAC